UAACUUUCUCAUAAUUCAGCAUAUACAUCAUGGGAGAAUUUUUGGCCAUUGCUCAAUCCUCCAUAGUGCUGCCUCACUUUCGCGUCCAAGCUUGGAGUCAAAGGCAGCAUUUCUUUGCUCAUAGUCAGCCAUUGAGGUCACUUCGUUCAUCUCUACAUCCAUUGAAUACCCCUUGCACGGUGUACCCAAACUUGUCCACUCGAUCAAAGCCUUCCUACUGGGGAGUCAAAGCCAGUGUUGUCUCUGAUUCUACAAUGCCAACCACCUUCACUGUUGAUUCAGCAGGGCCAGGAAUUGAUAUUCUGCCAGAGACAGGUGGUGGUGGUGGAGAUGAUUCUGGGAGUGCAAAUGGCGGUGGUGGUGGUGGGGGAGAUAAUGGUGGCAAUAAUAAUAAUAAUAAUGAUGGUGGCAACGAGGGGGAGUCAGAUGAAGGCAAGGAUCAUAGCAAUAAAAAGAAAAUGGCCCUUUCUAUGUCCCAAAAAUUGACAUUGGGCUAUGCUUUCUUGGUUGGAGCUGGUGGUUUUAUGGGUUAUCUGAAAAGUGGCAGCACGAAGUCCCUAAUUGCAGGUGGAGUUUCUGCCUCCCUUUUGUACUCUGUUUAUGCUAUGCUUCCAACACAACCUGUUUUGGCAUCAUCAAUGGGUUUCGUCCUCUCGGCUGCACUUCUGGGAGUAAUGGGAUCUCGGUUUCUGAAGUCAAAGAAGGUUUUUCCAGCUGGUGUUGUCUCCUUUGUGUCUCUUGUUAUGACUGGUGGUUAUCUGCAUGGAAUAUUGCGCACUGCACAUUAGAUCCCUAAACUAAGCUACUGAUCAACAUGGACAAUCAUUAGUGUCUACUCUCUACUGUUGAUUAUAGUUUUCCUAUCUGUUUGAAUUUUGGAUUUUGCAAAAUUUCCUAAGCUGUCUGGCUCCUAUAACUCUCUGCUGGACUCUAAUGAUGUAUGAAGGCUUACUUUAUUAGCCCUCUGUUUCUGUCGUCUAUUCGUUCUGUUCUGGAGAA